AUAGGUAGCCCGGAGAGAGCAGCUCUUUCACGGUUCACAGCACCAGAGCGCGCUGAAGAGGCGGGGUUGUCUGUGACCCGUUUUAAAACAAGCCUUGCUCCUCUCUCCGUCGGUUUCAGAUUGGCUGAAGUCUCAGUCCCCCUUGGAAGCCACGAUGUCUGACUGCAGAAGGCAGUGGAACCGGGAGGAUGAGCUACCGGUCUACCUGGCGGGACCGAUCAGCACCGGGCCAAAGCAGAGGAAAAGCUAUGGGAUGUUCAGCUCCGUGGAGGGGGCGUUUGAGAGCAAGACCAUAGACUUCGAUAACUAUGCAGUGGGGAGGAAAGGGAGUCGAACCCCGAGAAGCGGGAGCCGGGAGAGGCUCUUGGACACAGGUGACCCCAUCGGCAAGACGCCCAGCGAGGCCCGGGAGGAGUCAGUGAACAACUCGCCCGCGGAGACAGACGACCAGCGCCCAGGUGUUGAGAUCACACAUUCAGCCAGGAAGGAAAGCACAAAUGGGAAGAGUGAAAGGCUGUUGAUCAAAGGAGGGCGGGUGGUCAAUGAUGACCAGUCUUUCUACGCCGAUGUAUACGUUGAAGAUGGGCUCAUCAAGCAGGUGGGGGAGAAUCUGGUUGUUCCCGGAGGCGUCAAGGUGAUCGAGGCUAGUGGCCGCAUAGUGAUACCAGGGGGGAUAGAUGUCAACACCUGCCUGAUGAAGCCUUACCUGGGCACAAAGCCUGUUGAUGAUUUUUUCCAGGGCACCAAGGCUGCACUUGCUGGGGGCACCACCAUGAUCAUUGACCAUGUGACUCCCCAGCCUGGGGACAGUCUGCUGGAGGCGUUUGAGUGUUGGCAGGAGGCCGCAGAUAAGAAGGCGUGCUGCGAUUACUCCCUGCACGUUGACAUCCCCCAGUGGAAUGAGACUGUUAAAGAUGAGUUGGAGCUGCUGGUGCAGGAGAAAGGUAUCAACUCCUUCCAAGUGUACAUGGCCUACAAGGACACACACCAGAUGUCAGACUCUGAGCUGUAUGAGGCUUUCUCCUUCCUGAAGCAGCUGGGUGCUGUGGUGUUAGUUCAUGCUGAAAAUGGAGACCUGAUCGCUCAGGAACAGAGAAAAAUCCUUGGAAUGGGAAUCACCGGACCUGAAGGCCAUCCCCUGAGUCGUCCUGAAGAGCUGGAGGCUGAGGCGGUGUUCCGUGCCAUCACUCUCGGUAACCGUGUGAACUGUCCUGUCUACAUCACCAAAGUGAUGAGCAAGAGUGCAGCUGACACUAUCACCCAGGCCCGUAGGAAAGGUUCUGUAGUUUUUGGGGAACCAAUCACAGCAAGCCUGGCCACUGAUGGUUCUCACUAUUGGAGCAAGAACUGGGCCAAAGCGGCAGCUUAUGUGACCUCUCCACCUUUGAGUCCUGACCCCACAACCCCGGACCAUCUCCACACACUGCUGGCCUGUGGGGACCUCCAGGUGGUGGGCAGCGCUCACUGCACGUACAGCACAUCCCAGAAAGCAAUCGGUAAAGAUGACUUCACCCUGAUCCCAGAGGGGACCAAUGGAGUGGAGGAGAGAAUGGGUUUUGUCUGGGACAAGGCCGUGGCCAUGGGGAAAAUGGAUGAGAACCAGUUUGUGGCAGUCACAUCUACCAACGCAGCUAAAAUCUUCAACCUGUACCCACGCAAAGGCCGAAUUGCAGUGGGCUCUGAUGCUGACAUUGUCCUCUGGGACCCGGACAGCGUCAAAACCAUCAGUGCCAAACUCCAGCAGUCGGCUUCAGAAUACAACAUCUUUGAGGGUCUGGAGUGCCGUGGGGGUCCAGCGCUGGUGUUGAGUCAAGGUCAGGUCGUUUAUGAGGAAGGGAAGCUGCAGGUUCAGCAGGGCACUGGUCGAUUUAUUCCCCGCAAGCACUUCCCAGACCAUGCUUACCAGCGUCUUAAGUUCAGGAACCAGGUGAAGGUAAAGCAGGGUGUUACUCGUGGGAUGUAUGAUGGCCCCGUGUAUGAUGUGGUCCCCACCCCCAAAUAUAUCACACCUGCACCGUCAGCCAAAACUUCACCCACCUCUCAUCAACCACCACCAGUACGCAAUCUCCACCAGUCCAACUUCAGCCUGUCAGGGGCACAGAUUGAUGACAACGUCCCUCGUCGGUCUGGACAUCGCAUUGUAGCGCCCCCCGGUGGUCGCUCCAACAUCACCAGCCUUGGUUAAACACCUGACUGUGUGCAAAAUGUGGUUUUUGUGGGGUUUCACCUCUUGAGUGUGUGUGUGAGUGUACGUGUAUGACUGAGAGUGUGAGUGCACUGGCAUGAAUGAAUACCUUUGUAUUAUUUUGAAAAAUGGUGACACACUCUUUCUAACCAUUAUGAUUUUAAUCAGUUUGCCUUGAGUCCGUAGUCACAGAGAAUAAGCACAUCAAUAUUUCCUAUAAAACAAAAGUGUGAUUUACAGACUCACAGACUCAUAAUUGGGGCACUUACACACACACACACACACACACAGAUCUGGUGUUGGACCCCAUCCAAGCACCCAAAUGUGACCCCAGUGUUAUGUCAAAUGUUGAUAUCUCCUUUCCCGUGAGCAUGACUUCCUCCUUCUUCCUCACAUCCCACGUCUUAAUGUGUGGGUCUGCUCAGACAUGGUGCUCCUUUUCACAAAUCUGGUGGAUAGCUGAACAAAUGACAGAUUUCUUCUGCGUCCACUUUUCAACGUCUUGGCAAUAUUUGUUUCAAUGGGUCUCAAGUGGAUCAUUUAUUCAUAUUGCAUGGACAAGUCUUUAGAUGUUGCACUACUUGUGGUUUAUUGUUACAAUGGAGGAACACUUAAAAUUGUACUCAAGGCACAUUUGUAUUCAGCAACACAAACAAACAUAUUCUUAUGCAGGUAAAUGUAUGCUUUGAACAUAUGGCAUUCACUGUGGAUACAGCCACUUGUUACUAGGUUCAAAACACAGGAAUUCAUUUUACAUUACUGUGAACUUUAUUAAAAGCAAUCCAACUUCCUCUCUACCAUCAGAUUCUAUAUGCAAAUGUGUCAAUACUCUCCUAAAUAUAGAGAAAUCAGUUUCUAGAUUGUUGUACCUUCAUAAUAGAGUUUCACAGUAAAGGCACUAUGAUGUGUGGGAUAGUUUUUUUCUGCCAAUCACUCAUGCCAGAAUUAGAUCUUUGUUGUAAUGACGUGCUCAACUCACUGCUGUACAAGGGCUUCACCUCCCACCCUGCUCUUUGAAACUUCACUGAGGAUCUUUUAAAGCUGUUUUAAUUUAAUUUUAUUGAUUCUUGCGCUUUUGGCACAUUUAGUGUUUCUGUGCCACUCUGUUUUGUUUUUGUUGUCUGUUGUCUCCAAUGGAACCAAUAAUGAUCAAUAAAGUCUUGACCGUUGUCAAAAA